AUGACCAUUGGAAACGGAAACAGCUUGAGUGCUCCAGGAGCUCUCGAGCAUGAUGUGGACGAUGAAGAACAGCCUCAUGGCCCUUUGAACGUAGCGCACAAACUGCAGUUCUCUUUGGUAGAUCUCGAGCGCGCUGGCGGCUUGACAGGAUGGGUAGCCGCAGCGCUUCUAUCUGCGGGCGGCUGGAUUGACAAGGAAUUGGAAGAGCGACGCCAGACAAUUGGUGGCAUCGACAAUCUGUGGUUUUUGGUCACAGAUGCUGCGGACUUCAAUCCAGUGUGUGCAUCGACGUACACAUUUCGAGGGAAGCUGACUCUUGAAGACGUUCGCCACGCAGCGAUUACUCGAGGAGAAAGAUUCCCCAGAUACAAGCAGAGAGUUACUUCAGUUGGUCGCAGCUUUCACGGUGCACGCUUCGAGGAUGAUCCAAACUUUGAUAUCAAUAACCAUAUCCGAUCUGUCACCUUGCCGGAACCUGCAGGAAAGCACGAAUUGAACAAACUGAUGGGCAAAUUCAUCGCUCAGGAUUGGGAUUUGAGUCGUCCGUUGUGGGAGCUGUUACUCGUUGAGAAUUACCACGAUGAGGAUGGUGCAGAAUCCGCUAUGAUUACUCGGGGUCACCAUUCACUAGCGGACGGACAAGGUUUCAUAAUCAGCCAGCUGUAUAUCACCUCGUACCGCGACACUCUGGUUAAAGUAAUGGACAGCGCAGCGAAGAAGCUACGUAAUGCGCGUCGCGGCAGAAUUCUCCCAUCCAGAUUGCAUCGCUCUCUGCGCCCCCUCGAUUCUCUCGCCCAAAACCCCUCCACCGCACCGCUGCUCGAAGUUUUCCUAGCCUGCAUUUUCUGGUUGGUAUAUCUCGUCUCUAUCUGUGUCGCCCUUUUGUGGAGUGUAUACCACGGUAUACACCAGGCUGCACUCUUCCUACUCACGUGCUGGCGUGUAGACCACCUCACGGGCCCGCAGCCCGGACCACGCGUGAAAGAGAGGGAGUUUGCGAGCUCGCGCGCGUUCAGCAUGCACGACGUCAAGCUAUGCCAGAGCGCGUUCUCCGGGCCAUAUCCGGGGUUUGCGGCGAAGGGCGUGCCGAAAGAGAAGCGGCACAAGGCAAGGAGCAAGGCGGGGCACGUCACACUCAAUGACGUUGUGUGCGCAGUGGUGGCGGACGUGCUUGAGGCGGAAAUUGUGGCGAAGCCUGAGGACCAGAUGCACGGGCAGUGGGGUCGCGUGAAGCGUUGGUUGAGAGGAGUGCUCCGGUCACCCAUCGGGGUUUUCAUUCCCAUUAGCGUCCGUUCUCCGGGAGACUGGUCAAUGCGAAACUUGUCCACGGGCUCCCUCGUGUUUCUGAACCCGUCCUCGAACCUCACUCCGGAUAUCAGCGAGCGCCAAAUUCACGCACAUAUCCACCAGUGUCGUGCCGAGCUGUCACUGCUGAAGCACAGCCUCUGGCCGAAAAUAGAGUUCAACGUCCUGCAACUGACCGGGCAGGCACCGGUGUUGUUCCGAAUCUCGCUGCUCGCCAACCCAGCACGACAUGUUAAGGAGUGGAUCACGGAGCACGUUACGCGGCCGUUCUAUGAAUGGGCUCUGCAGACCUUUGCGGUGGUCUUGACAAAUGUUCCCGGCCCUGCAAAGCAUACCAUCAACAUGGAAGGCAUCGAAGUCAUCAAUUGGACAGCGCUCCCGCCACAAGGUGGAAAAGGCACGAUUGGCAUGGGGAUCAUCUCGUAUGCUGGAGGGCUCUCAAUCGCCGUUGCGGCUGACAUGGUGCCCUCUUCGCAAGGUACAGCUGAGAGGAUCUGCGCACGCUUUGAGGAGCGCUUUGAAUUGUAUGCGCAGAGGGCGAGGGAAGUGUUGAACCAUCUGGAUUGA